GAACAACAACCCACCAACCACCACGCCCCAACGUCGAAAAAUCGACGAGCGCGAGGCGGCAACCAGCAAUCGUAGCGAUCGAGAUCCGUGUGCACCAACUCGCUGGCGCCACAACGUAUUUAACCCUGUGCGCACUCAAUCAUGCCAGCAUCAUAAGAACCUCGAGCUGCCCACGCCCACGCCCACGCGACGGCCGAGUAAGCGGAAUCUCCCACCAUCCGCUGAAACCCCAUCCCCAACCCUCAGCUUCCGCCUUCCCCCGCCCCACUCCUGGUUUGGCGCACCCGCGAUCCCGCAGUCGUACGGCCCCUGCCACCAUGUCGACGUCUUCGGGAACCCCGGAGUCGUGGAUCUCCUCCUUCUGCUCACUGCUCGGCCACGAGUACUUCGCCGAGGUGUCGGAGGAGUUCAUCGAGGAUGACUUCAACCUCACCGGCCUGCAGAACCAGGUUGCCAUGUACAAGGAAGCGUUGGAGAUGAUACUGGACGUCGAACCCGAAGACGAUGAGGACGAAGAGGACGAAGAGGAAGAAGAUGAAGAGGAGGUAUCCGGAGAUGGGAGGGACGGGCGACCACGCGGCGAGAGGAGACACCACAGCCGCACUGCCAGCGACCUAUCCGUGAUCGAAUCGUCCGCCGAGUUGUUGUACGGCCUUAUCCACCAGCGCUUCAUCUGUUCGCGCGCCGGGAUCCAGCAAAUGUCGGAAAAGUACGAGCUGGGCCACUUCGGCGUCUGCCCGCGCACGAACUGCAACCAGACCAGGACGCUGCCCGUCGGCCUCUCGGACAUACCCGGCGAGGACACGGUCAAGCUGUUCUGCCCGUCCUGCCUAGACGUCUACGUUCCCCCCAACAGCCGCUUCCAGACGGUCGACGGCGCCUUCUUCGGCCGCACCUUCGGCGCGCUCUUCCUCCUCACCUUCCCCGAGUACGACCUGUCGCGGUCGGCCGCCGAGGCCGCGGCCAAUCUGGGCCGGUCGCCCGACGAGCAGGUCAUGGUCAACGGCAUGUACUGGCGCAACAUCGCGCCGGGCCUCGGUCGCGGCAAGAUCUACGAGCCCAAGAUCUACGGCUUCCGGGUAUCGGAGAUGUCGCGUUCGGGCCCGCGCAUGCAGUGGCUGCGCGACAAGCCCGACGACCCGGACGUGCUGGACGAGGCGCGCCACUUCGCCGAGGCUCACGGCACCGAUUCGGACGCCGACGACGAAGACGACGACGAGACCAUGAACCGGCCCGCCGGCGGGAGGACCUCCUCGAGAAGGCGUCCGACCCCCCACCCCCGGCUGAGCCAGAGGCAGCGGCAGCGGCAGAACGGGAGUCCCAUGACGCUCGAUGCCAACGGGGCCGAGUCGGAGCUCUAAUGGGCUCCGGAAACAGUCGCGGCGCGGAACCACUGCGCCACAGGUCCCGGUUUGUCACUCGUGGCGGUGGGGCGCAGGAGAAAGGGAUAUAUCUAGAGCAGCUUCCGUCCCGUCCACCCCAGCUAAGCAUUGUCGGCGUUCGUAAAG